GCAUCUCCUUCCUGUGAGACUUGACCGAAAAGCGUAAAGAGAACGAACGUAAGACGCCAUUUCUCCCCGUUUUAAUACAUUUGGUUUGAAAUAAUAAUUUAAUCGACGGCACAAAUUAUACUUUUUUAUUCCAGUGCAUGAGCGGUUUAUGCACAGCACAAUAUAAUCGGGUCGGUGCCAUAUUCUCCGAUUAUUUCUCGGUCAAAUUCGGCGUAAAUCGUCAGACAUAGGAAAAUGGACGAGACGGACUCGGCAACGAAGGGACUAGCGUUGGACGAGGAGUCCUUAGACGCUGCCGGAGAGCCGGUGGAGGAGGGGGUGGAUUCGGAUACUGAGUCGGAGGCCGAAGUCACCACGAUGACAGUAAUGGGAGAACCGGGGAACAUCGAGAUUGGAACCGAGUCCUUGCCGAACUCUGACGAUGCCGAGACAGCUUUUGCAGAAGUCACAACAGUCACUGUGGGGGAUGUCCAAGCAGCCGAGGACAAUGUGUUUACUGCCACCUCAGCCUCCAUACCAGAGCAUGUUCUUACUGGCAGGACCACCCUACAGAUUGGCGACGGUCUCAAUCCUCAGAAGGCCACUCUGAUAGUGGUUCACACUGAAGGAAUAGUGGACGCAACAGGACUGAAGAACGCUGCAGCCGCCAUGUCCUCUGACCCCCAGACUCCCUCCACCCCAAUGAAUCCAGGGCAGGAGAAAGAUGGCUCCAAGUACAACUGGGAUCCAUCUGUGUACAACAACGAGCUGCCAGUGCGCUGCAGGAACACCAGCGGCAUGUUGUACAAGAACAGACUGGGCUCAGGCGGAAAGGGACGCUGCAUCAAGCACAGCAACCACUGGUACACGCCCACUGAGUUUGAGGGCAUGUCUGGCCGGGCGAGCAGCAAGGACUGGAAGAGAAGCAUCCGCUAUGCAGGCCGUCCCCUGCAGUGCCUAAUCCAGGAGCGCAUCCUCAACCCCCAUGCCGCGUCCUGUACUUGUGCGGCCUGCUGUGACGACCUCUCGUUGUGUACCAAGGAUAGUCCAUCUUACGCAGGGGAGAACAUUAAUAUGACUGGCCCGGUCAGACUGUUUGUUCCUUACAAGAGACGCAAGAAGGAGAACGAGCAGCCGACCACUCCAGAGAAGAAGGACCUCCCACCGCCCAAGAACAUCACACUGGCACCGGGGGCAACAUUCACAGUGUCUCCGUCAGGCCAGAUCACCACAUCAGGGACCCUGACCUUCGACCGGACGUCUCCCGACGCCACAGCCCUUCUCUCCGAGGGCACGGCACAUGGCGAGGUCUUCACCAGCACAGAAGUGUUGACAGCGCUCCCGGCACUGGCCAUGGCCCCCCAGGCCAAGGUGGAGUCUCCAUCCUCAUCUCCCUCCCCGGGGCUGGUGAACGGUGGGCUGGAGGUGUCUGGGGUCAGGGAGGGCCAGAGGACAUGGCUUUACCUGGAGGAGACGGCCAACAGCCUGCUGAGCACGGUGCAGCAGCUCAAGGCACUGAUCGACCAGGCCAAGCAGGCCUGCCACUGCCAGGCAGGUCAGGAUGCCUUCAGCCAGGACAAGAUCCACGGCAGCAGGAAGGAGUGUACACUCACCCAGCCCUUCCAGAGUCAGAUAUCAUUCCAGCACCCAGACGACCCAGAGGGGAAGAGAGGCUCAGAAAUCACUGAGAUCAUCAUCAAGCAAAUGUGCGUGAACUGUGGACGGGAGGCCAUGAGCCAAUGCACGGGAUGCCACAAGGUCAACUACUGUUCCACCUUCUGUCAGAGAAAGGACUGGAAGGAGCACCAGCACAACUGCUGCCAGACCAGUGGGGCUGUGGCUGUCCAGGACGAGGUGCCCAUGUCAACCAUAGACAUGGACAAAGUCAAGGUCUAGCAGGUAUAGACACUGAAAACAGAUUCUGUAAAAACAGCAAAGUUCUCCUUUCAAUACCUUGGAGACUUGAGCAUGGCCUCUCAUUCAGAACUCAGCCAGCUGGAACUUAAGUGCUGGUGCUGCUCUUUUGAAUACAUCAAAGAUAGUUGCUAGACUUUGUCAUGUCCCUAGAACAUGCAUUUGAUGAUAGCUGGGAUUUCUUUUACACCAAACAGGUUUUGCAGUAUGCUAUUACAUUGUCUCCUGUCUGAAGAAAUAAAUGUGAAGAUUUUGACUCCUGAAAACACUACAUUACACCCUGGGAAUUCUGUCAUUGUGUUUCCUCUAACAAAUGCAGCUCCGAGGCCUGUGUGCUUCAGAUGAUCAAGUAUUUGAAGAGUAGUGUUUGCUUCCCUCAACAGACACUGGUGUCUAGUUCGAUUUGUAGAUGUAUCCUGGAAACCAGACGAUUACUGAAUGACUGUACAUUUCAAAUGUAGUCCACUACCAGGGUUUAAAAACACAGAAUGCCUGUUGCCGAAAAAAGACUUGCUCUAACAAUACAUGUAUUUUAUUGAAUAUGUUUUAUGUAUUACAUUGGCUCUGUCCUACGUUGAAUGGAGCAGGACAGGCUGGUAAACAACAGUAGGUUCUAUAUAAAACACACAAUGACAAAUCAA